AUGAGCAAUUCCGGCCUACCGCUGGAUGCGACCAUUACCAUUGUCAACAACUCGGGCAAGCUCAUCAGCACCGGCAAGCAGCUGCUCUCGAUAUGGAAGACGGCUCAGACUUCGUACAGAGAGAAGAAGGACGAGCUCAGCCAGGAGCGAGCCCAAGAGCGAGCCGCUGACAAGAAGCCGCCUCCCGUCCCCAUCAAGCGCGCCCAGACCUUCGAUACGAGCCGCAGCAUCCCUCACAGGCAAUAUGACGAGUUGAGCGUGGCCAGCUCGCACCGGACGUUCAAGAGCUCCAUCGCCAAGAAGCAGCUGCCUCCGGUUCCCAACCAGCUGGCUCUGACGGAGGGAAACCUCGAGAAGCUGUCCGAGGUGUCGAGCGUUGCGCCCUCGAAGCCUCCUUCGUCAUAUCAGGGCUCAUAUGGAGAUGCGAUGCUGGUCAAGGGUGGCUUCUCGCGCGUCGAUCCGCCAAUGGCGUUGCAACAGGUGCAGCCGAGGCCGCUGGUUCGUACGCGGACCGACACGGAGGCCGAGGCGAUGAAGAGGAUGAGCAUGGGGAGCGAUUUGCACUUGGCGUACGGCGACAUCCCCCCGGAUCUGGCUGACAGAGUGGACUUGGAUGCGCACACCGCGCCGCCGCAUGUGGAUUUGCGCGACGUGCAUGUCGAGGACGAGCGCGAGCAGGCCGAGCAGCUGAUUCACAAGAUUGAGAAUCUUCUGGAUGAGGCGAGUUGCGCUCAGCAUUCGGCCACGGCCAUCAUCACGCAUCUCCAGGAGCGCCCCGAUGCGGCUGCCGCUGUUGCUCUCACGUUGGCCGAGCUCUCGGGCAUCAUCACCAAGCUGUCUCCCGGCUUCGCGGCCAUCCUCAAGGGCACUUCGCCCGCCAUCUUUGCGCUGCUCGCCUCGCCGCAGUUCCUCAUUGGUACGGGCAUCGCCGUCGGCGUCACGGUCGUCAUGUUUGGCGGCUGGAAGAUUAUACAGAGAGCCACGCAGAAUUCGUUUGCCAAGAAGCCCGUGGCCUACGAGGCGGCAGCAGCGCCGGUACCCAACCUGCCGGCACUGCCGGAGAGCGGCAUCGACGAGGCCAUUGUUUUGGAGUCGGUCGAGGUGGACAUUAGCAGCAUCGACACGUGGAGGCGCGGUAUCGUGGACCUUGGCUACGAGAGCGCUGACCAGGAGCUGAUGACGCCCGCGGCUGAGCGCGUGAGGCGAAGUUCAAAGGCCGGUCCGGAGGACUAUUUCUCUCGAAAGGGCUCCAAGUCGCACAGAUCGUCGUCGUCCAAGGCGCACUCGUCGUCGCAGUCGACUUCUUCUUCUCACAAGUCUCACAAGUCGAGGCAUGAGAAGGAUUCUUCCGACAAGAAGAGCAGCAGCAGCAGCGGCAGCAGCAAGAAGAGCGACGAUGGCAGCAGUGUUGGCUCCAUGGCUUUGAUCAAGAAGUCGAUUGCUAGCAGGAAGAAGCAGAUUGACCAGACUGGGAUUAAGAGCGAGGAGUUGCCGCUGAGGACGAAGAAGCAGACGAAUAUGCUCAAGGCUCUGUUUAAGAGCAAGGAGCACAGGCAGACUGUUGCUACUUAG